GUGUGGGAACGGAUAUCUCACGGGAGAAACUCAUCAGAUCUUAGCCCACCAAACUUGCCAAAAUGCCCUCCAUCGCUAGCCACCGGGAUCCACUUGUACUGUACUUGCUCGCUGCUCUGUUCCUAGGAACCCAACCCUCCUGCUUGCUUGGCGUGUACAGCAACCAAACCGCCAUACCAGUGCCGUGCCUGCCGGACCAGGCCUCGGCGCUGCUCCGGCUGAAACGUUCCUUUUCCACCGACGGCUGGGGUCUCUAUGCCAACGGCUCCAGAUGCACCCUUGCGUCGUGGCGGGCUGGCACGGACUGCUGUGGCUGGGAGGGCGUCCGCUGCGGCGAUGCCAACGGCCGCGUGACUACCCUCAAUCUGGCCAAGUGCGGUUUGCAGAGUGCCAGCCUUCAUCCUGCACUUUUCGAACUAACCUCCCUGAGGCAUCUGAACCUCGCCUUGAACAGCUUCAACGGGUCACAACUUCCUGCCGUUGGGUUUGAACGGCUCACGGAGCUUAUCCAUCUCAACCUUUCUACCACACAAUUUGCGGGUCAGAUACCAGAUGGAAUAGGACGCCUCACCAAAUUGGUAUCCCUUGACCUCUCUACCAAAUUUUUUCUUGGUGACCAGUAUGAUGAGUUUCUCUCACUUGAAUCAUGGUCGCCCCAGUGGGUUCUCGUUGAGCCAAACAUUGGGUCAUUAGUCGUGAACCUUAGUAAUCUGAAAGAGCUUUACCUCGGUAAAGUUGAUUUGUCCGGCAGUGGGGCAAUGUGGUGUAGUGCAUUCGCAAAUUCCACUCAUCAGCUUCAGGUUCUUAGCUUACCACAUACCAACCUCAAUGGUCCGAUUUGUGGAUCACUCUCUGGCAUACGCCAACUCACUGAGAUUAACCUACAGUAUAAUGAGUUAUACGGUCGAAUUCCGGAGUCCUUUGCCGAUUUACCUUCCCUUAGUGUUCUUACACUUACCAAUAAUUACCUUGAAGGAUGGCUCCCAACAAGGAUCUUCCAAAAUAAAAACUUAACAACUAUUGAUAUUAGGUAUAAUUUCGAAGUAUCUGGAUCAUUGCCAAAUUUCUCAUCAAAUAGUAUUUUGAAGAAUUUGCUUGUCAGUAGCACUAACUUCUCUGGCCCUAUUCCGAGUUCCAUAGGGAAUCUCAAAUCCUUGAACAAAUUGGGUCUUGCAGCAGCUGAUUUCUCCCAAGAGCUUCCCUCAUCAAUUGGCGAGCUAAGAUCAUUAAUCUCAUUACAGGUAUCUGGGGCUGGUAUAGUAGGAGGAAUACCAUCUUGGAUUGCAAAUUUAACUUCUUUGGUAGUGCUCCAAUUCUCGGAUUGCGGCUUAUCUGGAGAGGUACCUUCUUUCAUAGGUGAUCUCAAUAACCUAACUAGAUUGCAAUUAUACAAUUGCAAUUUUUCUGGCACACUACCUCCGCAAUUAUUUAACCUAACUCAACUGGAAGUCCUAUAUCUUCAUUCAAACAAUUUCCUUGGUACUGUGGAACUCAGCUCAUUCUGGAAAUUACCAUAUCUAUUUAGUUUGAACCUGUCAAACAACAAACUCACUGUAGUAGUAGACGAGGAAGAUAAUUCUACAGUCAUCAAUCAGAUGGAUGCUUUGCAUCUAGCAGCUUGUAACAUAUCCAAAUUCCCUAGUGCAUUGAGGCAUACGCGUUAUGUUAAAUAUCUUGAUCUUUCAUGCAAUGAUAUCCAUGGUGCUAUACCUCAAUGGGCAUGGGAAACUUGGACCUACAUGGAAGUUUUGAACUUAUCACACAACAGAUUCAGCAAUAUAGGACAAGGAUAUGGCUCUAUUAAUCUAAUUAAUAUAGCACUUAUUGACCUCAGUUUUAAUCUACUCCAAGGGCCCAUACCUAGACCCGGACCUGAUACGGAGCUGCUUGAUUGCUCAAACAACCGGUUCUCAUCCAUACCACUUGAUUUCGGUUCUCACUUUAGCGGUAUUUCCUACUUCAUGGCCUAUGCAAACAACCUCUCGGGAAAAAUCCCACCAUCGAUCUGUGAAGCAAGUAAUCUGGUACUCGUUGAUCUCUCCUACAACAAUCUGAGUUACUUCAUCCCACCUUGUUUAAUGGAGGAUAUCAAUUCCCUGAGUGUAUUAAACUUGAAAAGAAACCGACUACAUGGAGAGUUACCAAAUAAUAUGAAGAAUGGCUGUGCAUUUGAGGAAUUAAAUUUUAGUGACAACUGGCUCGAAGGACCCUUACCAAGAUCUCUAGUUGCUUGUAGAGACUUGGAGGUUUUUGACAUCGGGAAUAAUCGUAUCAAUGAUACUUUUCCAUGUUGGAUGAGUAUACUUCCUAAGCUUCAAGUACUUGUUCUGAAGUCCAACAAGUUUGUUGGGAAGGUGGGGCCCUCUGUUUCAGGAGAUGAAAACAGUUGUGAGUUUAUGAAACUUCGAAUUUUUGAUUUGGCUUCAAACAAUUUCUCUGGCAUAUUGCAAAAUGAGUGGUUUAAGACCCUGAAAUCCAUGAUAACCAAAUCUGCCAAUGAGACGUUGGUCAUGGAAAAUCAAUAUAAUCUACUUCACGAAACAUAUCGGCUUACCACUGGAAUCACAUACAAAGGGUCUGAUGUCACAUUUUCGAAGAUAUUGAGGUCCAUGGUAGUCAUUGAUGUUUCAGAUAAUGCAUUCUAUGGUGCAAUUCCCAACUCAAUUGGUGACCUUAUUCAGCUCAGUGGGAUAAACAUGUCACAUAAUGCCCUUACUGGACCGAUUCCAUCUCAGUUUGGUACUCUGCAUCAACUGGAGUCACUGGACCUCUCUUCAAAUGAUCUUUCAGGAGAGAUUCCACAAGAGCUGGCAUCAUUGGACUUCCUUUCGAUAUUGAACUUGUCCUACAACAAGCUGGAUGGGAGAAUACCCGAGUCACCUCAUUUCCUGACAUUCUCCAACCUCUCAUUUCUGGGGAACAUUGGUCUCUGUGGACUUCAGGUGUCCAGAACAUGCAACAACAUAACACCAAAUGUGGAGCUACAUCAUUCGGAAAAGAAAUCAGUAGACAUUGUAUUGUUCCUUUUUGCCGGACUGGGAUUUGGUGUCGGAUUCGCCGUUGCAAUUGUCCUGACAUGGGGAAUCCGCGUUAGGAGAAGAUCUCGAGACAACAUUUUUAUGCGUUGGAAGAAAGUCUUCUUCUGUAUGUAGAUAACUUUCAAUGCAGCAAUGUCUCUGCAUUAGUAAGAACUGCUACCUUCGAUAUCAUCAGUAGUGUUGUACUGAACCUUGUAAUUCGGUCACAAUGGCUUUUUUUUCUUGUUCUUGAACACGCAAGAGAGUUAUGUAUCAUUA